AUGUCCGACACCUCCCCUCUCGCGGACAUCGAUUGGGUCGAGGUCGGCACCGGCAAACACGCAAAGAAGAACCCCCUUCUUUCAUGGCCUACCACACCAGGCCAAGCCCAUAUGCAUGAGCCGGCGACGACUCGAAGCGUAGCCAAACAUGGUUUGGGAUACACCAACCAACUAACCAACCGUCCAUCGGGGAAGGGGGGCAUACGCCACCGAGCUCCCAUGGCCGGAAUUGAAUUCAGAAUGACAAUGCAAACACGUGUCGAGGCCGGGAUGAAAGGAGCCUUGGCCACGUGCUUCGCCUCACCGAUGGCAUUCAACCACCGGCAUUUUGUGCCUUCGGCCUUGAACCGCGAGAAGAGACUCCGUAAGACUGCAUUUCAAGAUUGGAAACCGAGUAAGAUGACACGGCUUCACGUCUCUUGGCUCAUGGCUCAUGGCUCUAUGAGCCGUGCGCUCAGGACCUCUGCUCCCCCCUCUGCAGUGGGAACUUGUCGAUCGACCGCACUUGGCGCUCCUCUGGCAGGUCAUCCGGUGGACGCCAAAUCCAACGACAGCUCUCUUCAUCCACUCCUCCGAUGUGACCAAACAACGACGGACGCCCUUUGUACAGGUCGCCAUACUAGUCAGUCCAUCUGUGGCGCCGAUAUUCCAUCGCUGCAGACUGCAAACUGA